AUGGAAGCCAUUGAGGAGCUGCCGCUGCCCGCCGGGCUCCGCGCCCGCACCUUCCCCGCCAAGCUGUGGCGCCUGCUGAACAGCCCCCGCGUCCGCUCCCUGCGCUGGGACAGCCGCGCCCGGGGGCUGCUCGUAGACCGCUGCCUCUUCGAGCGGGAGCUGCUCAGCCCGGGCGGCGCCCAGGGGCCGGCCCCGGGCACCUUCAGGGCCACGCAGUUCCGCAGCUUCGUGCGCCAGCUCUACCGCUACGGCUUCCACAAGGUGCCGGGCUGGCUGGGCGCCGCUACGGCGGGCGAUGCCGGGGCCUGGCUGCACUACAGCAACCCCUGGUUUCGCCGCGACCGCCCCGACCUCCUGCUCCGCAUCAGGCGCCGAACCGCGGCCAACAGGCAGCGGCGGGCGGCGGGGCGGGAGGGGCGCUGCCCCCGGCCCUGCGGCUCCCGGCAGCUCCCCAGGGCGCGGCCGCCGCUGCCGCCCGGGCGCCCGCCCAGCGCCUUCCUCCCACUGCACAGGGAGCGGGGCCCGGACGGGCGGGAGCUGCGCUGCCCCCGGCCCGGCCGCUUCCAGCAGCUGCCCCGGGAGUGGCCGCCGCUCGCCCGGCGCCCGCCCUGCGGCUUCCACCUGCUGCACAGGGACCGGCCGGGGCCGGCCCGGCGGGAGGGGCCGAGCCGCUUCCAGGAGCUCUACGGGGAGCGGCCGCUGCCCGCCCAGCGGGAGGUGCUCCGGGUCCCGCCCUGCCACUUCCUCGGCCUCCACGGGGAGCAGCUGCCCCCGCUCGACGGGGAGGAGCUCAGGAUCCAGCCCUGCAGCUUCCCGCAGCUCCACGGGGAGCAGCAGCCCCCAGCCUGCAGGCCACCAGCUGCUCCGGGCACUUCAGCCCCCAGUGCUCCAGCUGGCAGUGCUGGCUGUGCAGCAUCACCGGCCUCCAGCUCAGCACAGAGUGCACCUGUGAAAGAGGAGUCACCACCACUGGAUCUGGGCCUUGAAGUGGAGAAAAUGAUCCGGGAGAUCAGGAGAUCCCUGUCUGAAAGGUCUCCAGCAUCACUGGCCUCCAGCUCAGCACAGAGUGCACCUGCAGCAGAGGAGUCACCACCACUGGAUCUCGGCCUUCAGGUGGAGAAGAUGAUCUGGGAGAUCAGGAGCUCCCUGCCUGAAAGGUCUCCCUCUGCUCAGGGGAAUCUUAAUGUUGCCCCUGAGCCUUCAGGAGAGGAUGCUGUGAACAGGGCUGCAGCAGAGGAAGCUCCAUGUGGCACCGAGAGCUGCAGGAACAGUUCCCCAGAGCCCGAGGAGCCUGAUCCCGUGUGAUCAACCUCUCCUGGAGGGGUGCCCUGCAUGGCAGGAAGAGACAGAGGGAGAGCCUGUGACUACCAGGCAGGUAGAAUCCCUCUGUCUUGUAGUGAUGUGUUUACAAUCAUAUAGUACAUGUAUCUAUCUAUAUGAUUGUUAUUUAUAUAGUACAUUUAUAGAUAUAGUAUAGAUAUUUUAGAGAGAUAUAUAUAUAGACAUAUAUAGAGAUAUAUGUAUAUAAAUAUACAGUAUAUUUAUAGAUAGACAGUUGUGUUUGUAUGCCUCUAUUGUUAUAGACCUAUAGAGGCAAUAUUUUAUAUAUAUACAUAUUUUUAAAUUUGUAUAGUUGUAGUCAUGUAUGCAUAGUUAUAGAUAUACGGAACGACAUAUCUAUGGGGAUAGUUUUAUUUAUAUAUAGAUAGUUAUAUUUAUAAAUGUGCAUAGUUAAUAUACUUUUAGCUACAUGGGUGUUUAGAUACAUAGGUUAGUAUCUGUAUAGCUAUAGGCCAGUUUUUAACCUCUUUCCCUCUCUCCCUUCUUGCUUUUCCCCCUGUGCCCCUGUGUCCCCUGUCCCUGUGCUGGUCCGAGCUGGCGGCCGGGCCGGGCGGAGCAGCAGUUCCAGCCCCGGGUGUCCCUGGAGCGGUGGGAGCUGCCGGUGGCCCCAGGCAGGGUCCCCUGAGGAGCUGCUGAAGGACGCUGCCCUGCAGAGCCUGAGGACAGGCGGAGACUGGCAGGAGGCAGCAGGGAGAAGCUGCAGGCCGGCAGCAGGAGCAGGGAGCAGGGAGCUGCUGCUGCCAGCCGAGAGGCCGGGUGAGGCCGCAGGGCCGCUGAGGCCGGCUGGGGCUGAGGGUGGCGCGGGCUUUGGCCGUGGGCAGUGCCCGGCGGGGCAGGAGCGGGCCCUGCCCGUGCUGGGGCUGCUCAGCGCAGCUGCCCCGGCCGGCACAGGGGCUGUCCUGGGCAAGGCAGCUGUGCCGGCAGGGCCCGGCAGCUGUGCCGGCCGUGCCGGGCUGCCGGCGGCUGCGGGACAGCCCCGCCGCGGCUGCGCUCACCACAGCCCGGCCCGCUCGGCUGCUGCUUCUUUCCAACCCUCCUGGGGAGGCGCUGGGCUUGGCCCUGCCCUGACUGAAGGGCAGGGGCUGCCAAGGGAAACGUGCCCAUCCUCACUCGGGGCUCCCUUUGCUUCCCACAUGUCCCCUCUGCUGUCCCU